CGUCGACCCGGAAGUCGUCCCCGGCGGCCGCCGGCCGGCAGCCGUGACAAAAGCCGGGCUGCUGGUGGCAGUCGCCCGGGGACCCCGGCCCGGCGGAGGGUUCCUCCGAGGGCGGCGGCCAAGACACCGUUGUGUCCCCCGCACAUCGGGACUCGGUCUGGGCGCGCCCCCCAGCGGUGUAGGACCCGGUGUUCGGCGUCUGUAAGUGUUGGGUGCGGGGCGCCGUAGGCCCUGCCCCGCCCUCCCCAGGCAGCGCGGCGGCUCUGCGACCUCUGCUUUAUAAAGGCUGCGGAAUCUCCGCUGGUCGGGCUGGCGCGAGGGGGAGAAGCAGUACCGCCGCUGUGGCUUUGCAGUGCCUGUAGGACGCCGAGGGCCCAGAGCCCCGGCCGGGGCCCUGAAUAGGGCACGCCACGUAGCCUUGUCUCCGUACGCAGUUAACGUCCCAUUCCCGAGCUCAAGUGAAGUAGAAGGAGGGUGAUCGAUCGUCUGAGUAGCCAUCUGCCCCUUUUAGCCAUGAACGCAGAGACAGUGUCCUCGUUACAAGAGGCUCCAGCUGAGUCCAGCUGGAACCUCAGUAACCUGCUGAGUAGCCGGAAGCUGAUGGCUGUGGGGAUCGUGCUCGGCUGGCUCCUGGUCAUCCACUUUCUGGUCAACGUGUGGCUCCUGUGCCUUCUGUCUGCAUUGCUGGCGGUGCUGGGAGGAUGGCUGGGCUCAAACGCCGUUGUGGGGGCUUCAGGUCGACUGCACCUGGAACGCUUCAUCCCAGUGGCCGCCUGCCCUCCAAACCCUGAGGCAGAGAGGCACCUGGAACUGGAGAUCGACCGUACCAUCCAGAUGAUUCUUCGGGACUUUGUGUCGUCCUGGUAUCGCUCAGUGAGCCAGGAGCCAGCCUUUGAGGAAGAAAUGGAGGCCGCCAUGAAAGGGUUGGUCCAGGAGCUCCGGAGGAGGAUGCGCAUGGUGGACAGUCAUGCCCUUGCCCAGAGGGUUCUGACUCUCUGCGGUUGUCACCUGCAGAGCUAUAUUCAGGCGAAGGAAGCCCUGGCUGGGAGGCAGAGUGGUACAGUUGAGCCCUCCCAGCUCUGGGAGGCUUACAGCCGAGCUACUGCCCCGCAUCCUGCUGUGCAGAGCGCCAGCACUGAGGUCACUUAUACACGUGGCAUUGUAAAUUUGUUGCUUCAAGGACUAGUGCCAAAGCCCCACCUGGAGACCCGGACCGGUCGCCAUGUAGUGGUGGAACUCAUUACCUGCAAUGUAAUCUUACCACUGAUUAGCAAGCUGUCAGAUCCUGACUGGAUCCACCUCGCACUUGUGGGCGUCUUUUCCAAGGCCAGAGAUAAUCCAACAGCAGUGGUUAAACCAACUUCCCCAGCCAGUGCCCUGGAAAAGCCCUCCGUGCCCACAUCUCUGCCACUGAUUGUUGAGGUACAGAGCCUGCCAGAAGUGAGAGCCCCUUCUCCAGCAGCAGCAGCGCCGGUGCUCCUGAACUGUAAUGAGCCAGACCGGCCUUCCCAUCACUCCCCAGAAGUUGAAGAAGGCCAUGAAGCACUAGAGGGAGAACUGGGUGGAGUGCCAGAAGAAAGAAAAGUAGGAAACAACUCAUCUCAUUUCCUACAGCCAGAUAUUCGAGGCCCUUUGUUCUUAUGUGAAGACACAGAGCUGGAGUCUCCAUUGUCUGAACUGAGCAAGGAAACCAUCAUGCUCAUGACCCCAGGCAACUUCCUCUCUGACAGGAUCCAGGAUGCCCUGUGUACCCUGGAGGGUCCCCAGUCUCUGGAGUCUAAGGAUGUUGAGGGAUCCGAAGGAAUUGAAGGAGCAGAGGCCGAGCUGGGUCCAGGAACAGAAACAGAGACAGGGCUGCUGGUCUCCUUGCUGACUUCCUGCCCAGAGAUCCACAUUGACACAGCAGACAAGGAAGUAGAGCAAGGAGAUGUCACCUCUCUUAGAGCUUUGCUGACAGAUCCAGAAAGGACCUGCCCCCCACGACCCUCAUGCUUAGAGAAGGCUCUCACCAAUGGUGUGAGCUCCGUAGAUCCUAAUCUGCCACAGGUUCUGCUUUCCUCCUCUCCACCUGGUCCUCUCAGCUCAGCCACCUUCAGCUUUGAGCCCCUGACCAGUCCAGAUGGCCCAGUUGUCAUCCAGAACCUUCGUAUCACUGGUACCAUUACUGCUCGAGAGCACAGUGGCACUGGAUUCCACCCAUACACACUCUACACGGUGAAGUAUGAGACAGCCCUGGAUGGUGAGAACAGCAGUGGCCUGCAGCAGGUGGCCUACCACACUGUGAAUCGCCGCUACCGCGAGUUCCUCAAUCUGCAGACGCGUCUGGAAGAGAAAUCAGAUCUCCGAAAGUUCAUAAAAAAUGUGAAGGGUCCUAAAAAGCUCUUUCCGGACCUUCCAUUUGGAAACAUGGAUAGUGACAGAGUAGAAGCCCGAAAGAGCCUCCUAGAAUCCUUUCUAAAGCAACUCUGUGCCAUUCCAGAGAUCGCUAACAGUGAGGAGAUGCAGGAGUUCCUUGCUCUGAACACAGAUGCUCGUAUUGCCUUUGUCAAGAAACCAUUCAUGGUGUCCAGAAUAGACAAGAUGGUGGUAAGUGCUAUCGUGGACACCUUGAAGACAGCAUUUCCUCGCUCCGAACCCCAAAGCCCCACAGAAGAGCUGAGUGAGGCCGAGACAGAAAGCAAGCCCCAGACAGAAGGCAAGAAGCCUAGCAAGUCCAGAUUGAGGUUCUCCUCCAGUAAGAUUGCUCCAGCACUGACUAUAACUGAGGCACCUGAGAAGAUUCUCUAUUGUCUCCAGGAAGGCAAUGUGGAGUCAGAAAUCCUAUCCAUGUCUGGGAUGGAAUCCUUUAUUGAAAAACAGACAAAGUUAUUAGAAAUGCAGCCAGCAGAAGCCCCAGAAAAAGAUCCUGAACAAAUCCCCAAAGAUUGUACGGAUGGUUACUUGUCAGAUGCAGCUGUGCCGGCCCGAGACCUCAGCAACGGUGAUCCAGGAGCAGAGACAGAGCUCGCUGACACAGCCCUAGAUCUGCUCCUCUUGCUGCUGAUGGAGCAGUGGAGAUGGCUAUGUACAGAAAACAUGCAGAAAGUUCUUCAUCUUAUGUUUGGGACCCUAGUUCAGAGGUGGCUAGAGGUACAGGUGGCUAAUCUAACAUGUCCACAGCGCUGGGUGCAGUACCUCCGACUUCUUCAGGAGUCCAUCUGGCCUGGUGGUAUUUUACCGAAGUGUCCACGGCCUGUGAGGACCCAGGAGCAGAAAGUGGCUGCUGAAAAACAGGCCUUGCAGAGCCUCAUGGGAAUCUUGCCAGAUAUUGUGGUAGAAAUCCUUGGGGUGAACAGAUGCCGGCUGAGCUGGAGUCUCGUCUUGGAGUCACUACGGCAACCCCUCAUCAACAGGCACUUGAUUUACUGCCUUUGGGACAUCAUCCUGGAAUUCUUGGAUCUCAGUGCCUCCGUUGAGGAGUCUGCCGUAACCACCUCUGCCUCAGAUACCCCAGGCAACCCCAAGAGAAUGGGUGUCUCCCCUUAGCCAUAGGUUAUUCACCCAUUCUUUGAAGGCUGGGAAAGGAGAGUUGCUCUGCCACCCUGCGACCAGUCAGGAACCUGUGCCCUCUGCAGCUGAACUGUAGCUCAGAAGACCUCGGGUCCCAGGGGCACAGUUCUCCCCCAGCUCUACUCCACAGAGCAGGCGACCUAGCAGAUGAUGGGGGAAAUAUGUACCAAUCAUAUGCAUAUCCAUUUCCAUACUUUUUCUGUGGUGUUUGGAUUGUUGCUGGUGGGUAGAUCCUGGAAAAGGAAUCUGUAAGGUAGAAGAAUGAGCCCCUUUUGCCUCUCCUUUGCCCUCCUCCCUAAGAUUGUUUGCCAGGAGCCUGGUCCUGUGCAUACAUGUUCCUAAUCCUCCAACACACAAGCUGUAGAUAGACCAAGUGAAAACUGAUAGCCAGAUCUCUUGGAGGAGCAGACAAUUUUCUAGAGCUCUCUGUUCCCACCAGGAAACUGCAGAUUCAUUCAGGACCACUCUUGAAAGCCAGACCCCCCACGUUCUGUCUAGUUUCCCAACAAUUCCAGAAGAAGGAAGGAAAACAUUUCUCAAGGGACUUUUUGUUGAUUGACUAUUUUCCAACACAUCAGCCCUAUGGAGGAUGUCACUGAAGGCUGCUUCCCUGGGUGGCUACACUUUUUCUGUGCAGAAGACUUCAAAGCAGAUUGCCAAAGCUUCUUGGUAGAUCCACCCCACUCUCCACACCCUUUCCUGAAAGAGAGUUGCAUCACAGAUUUUAUUUAUUCGCUUUCCUCCUAACCCUUCUCCAAGAGCAGUUGAGUUUGGGUCUUUAUGACCUUCCCUCUAUCUCCCUUCAGAAUCGCAUGGCGGAUUGCUUAUUCAGCCCAGUGCUUCCAAAGGGAAUGGAGACGCUUGCUCCGUGGCUGGGAAUGCCCAAAGAGUAGGAAACCCAGGGGGCUGUGGGGCUUCUCUCUUCACAAGUCUCCAGCAGGGGACUUUUAAACUGAACCAAUAAUAUUAGCAAACCUGCAGGGAAUUGAUUACCCACAAAAAGCUUUUUACUUCCUGUUCUUUAAGGAUCUAAUGAGUCUUUAAGAACACUUGAAGAUGAAGGCGAAGGUGCUAUAUCAGGCUGUAGUGUCUUAGAAGAAUAGAACAAUUAGGAGAACUUGUUGGUAGGAAAGGAGGCAGACAGUGUUGACAAGGGAAGUCCUAUACAUUAAAUGCAUGUGAGUAGCUGACAGAAAAGGUUUAAGGAGGUCAUGGGAGACCCUUGCCUUGUGCCCCUCAUCCCGUUAGCUUUGCACCUGCCUAUUAGUGCCCUUCUGUCACUGAAUUAUGGAUCCUCCCAUUUGAAGGGGGAUCUUGGACUUAGACUGGACUUAGACUGAUGAGCAUGGGAUGGGUCUAGAAUGGGCAUCAGGUUCUCAGACUCUGAUGUAGAUGAUGUGCACACAAAGUGGUUUAUGGGAGAAAGUUGUGCAGUCUUACACUUUUUAUACUCCUCUGGAGGCUUUUACCCAUAAAAUGUGUUAUGCUAUGAUUGGAAGGCUUUAGGUAGGCGAUUACUGCCUAAGGACAAGAUGAAUGAGAUCAUGUCUCAUGGUACCUUCUAGCCUUAAAAUAUGAUUUUUACAGCGACUUUAUGGCUUCAGAGCUUCUCCCACCCCGGACAUUCACAGGCAGAAGGAGCGCAGCAUUUCUAGCUUUAGUAAGUAUUUGCAGGAGUGUGGGACUGCAGGGAAUCCAGCCUCACUUACUGAAGCCGAUCCUUCACCUUUUUCAGCUCGGGCCAGGAUGCUCUUCAGGAUAGAUGCAGUAGCCAGCUCAUUUCCACUACCCUUCUCUUCUGAUACUUUACCCUCAUAUGUACUUAGCCACCUACAUUGCUUUGAAUCUCUGCUAUUAGGGCUCAGAUGUCACACAGAGCCAGUACGUAAACUGACGCACCAUAAAAUCCCCGUGGCUAUAAAUUCUGAGCAAUUUUUUGACACUUCCAACCCAAAGAAAACUUCUUAUAUUUCAUGUUGCAUAAGAGAUGCCACCUCUGUGGUCUGUGCCCCAAAACAUAAUCUGUCCUCAGGCCUUCCUCCUGUCUAGAAGGGAAAUCAUGGAUAUCACCAAGGAAAUAGUCAAGUUUGGGUAGCAGGCACAGACAACAAGGGAGAUCAGCACUUGGGAGAGAGCCACAGGUAUUAAGAAAAGAUGCUCCCAGCUGAGAAGUGAUAAAAGGCAAUGAAGAAUAGGGCCUGCACUAACCCAGAAUGUUCGUGAUUUUUCUUUGGCCCUACCCAGCACAUUCAUUUCCAGUUGCUACUCUUUUCUUUGUUUAUAGCACCCAACAACAGUUGUUAGGUCCUAGGUGGAGUAAAAAUAUGUGUAUAUGGUUAUAUGAGUCAGGAUGCUUUGGACUGAAGGAAAACUCAAAGGGAAUUUUGUUUUCUUCCAAAAAUGAGUACCUGAGUAGGUAAGCCCCAGGGGCGGAUGGAUUCAGCAACUCCGACCUCAUAAAGGGCCCAGAUUCUUCCCAUCUUUCCCCUCUGCUGUUGUAAACAUGCUUGUGUAAACAUGCUUGUCCGGUUCUCAGACUGCCUACCUGGUUGCUGCAGUUCGGAGCAUCACAUUCAUAUGUAACAGUAUGAAAGAACAGAGUCAUCUCUUCCAUGUUUUCUUUUAAAGAAUGAGGAAACCUUUUUCCAGAAACCCUUCAAGAAUGCUCUUCUCAUGACUCAUUGGCCAGAACUGUGCAUCCCUAAGCCAAUCUAUUGAAAAUGGCAUUACCUGGUUGGCUUGCACUAGUAUUUACCCCCUUCCCCCACAGAGAGGAGGUCACGCUCCAGGAAAGUUAGAUACCUAAAAAAAUUAGAUGUUAGCAAGGAAGAAGCAGAGGAUGGGUGUUAAUAGACAAUGUCUGUUACAUCAUCUGUACAACAUCAACAGAUCCCCCAUGGUACUCUAAAAAUACCUGGAAUCGGCUAAGAACAUUUGCUGAAGGCACCACAUGAAGCACUUCACCUGGAGUAACUCAUUUAACCCAUACACAGCCCUGUAAGGUAGGUUCUAUUAUCUAUCCCCAUUUCAUAGAUGAGGAACACAAGGCACAGAGAGAUUGUGAGUUGCCCACAGUCACUUGCAAAGAAAUGGCAGAGCCUGGAUACAAAUCUUGCCAGUCUACCCUCAAGCCUACAUGCAUAAUAACCAUUAUACUAGUCUGUGUUUCUUCUCAGAAUAAGAUCAGGUUCUCAUUUUUAAGGAGCUCACGAUCUAGUGCAGAAGUUCGCAGACUUUUUUGGUAAAGGGGCAGAGAAUAAAUAGUCCAGGCUUGGCCAUAUGGUGGUGGUCUCUGUUGCAACUCAGCUCUUCCAUUGUAGCAUGAAAGCAGUCAUAGACAAUACAUAGAUCAAUGACUGUGGCUGUGUUCCAACAAAACUGUGUUUGCAGAAACCGGCAGCUGACCAGAUUUAGCCCAUGAGUUGUUUGCAGGCCUCUUUCUAAGGAGUUAGAACAGUGCUUUUCAAACUUUAGUGUACAUGUGAUUUACCUGGGACCGUGGUAAAGUAUAUGCUGCAUUUCUAACAAGCUCCCAGAUGUAUGCCAAUGAGAAUACAGAUCUUCAACCACACCUUGAGUAUCAAGGGGUUAAAACAUAGACAACUCUCAAGUGUGAUUAAUACACUAUUAAAUAUAUAGGAAGGGCACUUCAUUGAGAGUAGAGGGCCAUGGAAAGCCUGAGGUGAUAAUAUGUGAAUUGACUCCUGGAAGAUUCAUGAGAAUUAACCAGUAAAAACAUGGGGAGGGUGUCCAGAGAAACAGUGAACAAUGUGUGCAAAGACAGAGUCGCCACAGAAAGACAAAUACUGUAUGAUUCCACAUAUCUGAAGUACCUAGCAUGGUCAACCUCACAGAAACAGUAGAAAUGUGGUUGUUGGGAAUUAGGGGAAUGGGGAGCAUGUAAUGGGUACCGAGUUUUCAAUUUUGCCAAAUGAAAACAGAUUCCUGUUUUAUCAACCGUGUAAGUAGACGUGACACUCCAGAGCUGUACACUGAAAAUAGUUAAGAUGGCGAAUUGUAGAUUCUGUUUAUUGUACUACAAUCAAGACAUGUAAAAUGAAUAAAAGCUGUGGAGAACUACAA